GCGAUUUGCUGCAGGAGCUUGUUCUUCCUCGCAAGAAGCGCUUCUCCUGGCAACGCCCUUCUUCGCCUGCAUCUGAGGCCCCUCCUUUCGUGCCGAAGAGGCCCUUACUGGGCUCCUGUACGACACCGGUUUCCACAAAUAUCUCUGCGGCAGCGACGCAGCCUGGCACAUCCGCUGCCUUCCCCCCAGCCUGUCCGACCAGUCCGUACAUUGGGGCACCUGGCACUGUGCAUCAAGCCUACUCUCUUGCCUUACAAUUGCAGGUCACUGAGUGGGUGCGCUUGGCCCGCCUUGCGGCUCCGCAUAGCUCUACCUUGCCCGAGGUCUUGAAAUCUGGCAAGGCUGACGUGCAUCUGGCCAAGAUGGUGGCCUCCUACGCUCCAUCAACGCUGGCGGCCUACUUGUCAAAAUGGCGACAUUGGAUUAGGUUUGCAUCAGCUUGCGACGCCAGCCCUUAUGAUCCUUCCAUUGCUCUUCUCCUGGACUUCUUGGCAUCCAAUUCCAGGGGCAAGUUGCAAACCGCGACCACAUGGAUCAAAUCUCUGCGGUUCAUCUCUCGAAAGGCGCAUUUGGACUCCCUGCGCUCGGCCUUGCAUUCCGACCUCGUGUCGGCCUACGGAAGAUCCGGUUCCAUUGUGGAGCGCCGCGAGAGUGUUGCAUUGCAGGCCACGGCCAUGCUUCAUCCUAACUUCACGCCGGACUUCGUUCUGGCUAG